AACGGCGACAAAAGGUACAACGAACUAACUGCGUCUGUGCUCCCAAAUUUCAAUCGUUGUCAUCAGAAUGGCUGGUCCCAAAACGUUACUCACAAUUCUAGUGAUAGUUUGCCACGUCCACGCGAGCUGUAGCUUAGCUGAAAGCACCGUAGAAGCAGGGCAAAAUGAUGAAAACGAUCAUCCUACAAACGGUGGUUGUGCACGUGGCUUACCAGGACGAGACGGACGAGAUGGCCGUGACAGCAUAGCUCCAGGCCCACCUGGCAGAACCGGUUCUCCUGGAAGUCGUGGUGCUCCGGGCCCACCAGGCAAUAGUGGAGGCACAGUGUACACAAGAUGGGGGAAAAAGACAUGCCCAAAUGGAGCAACUCUUAUAUAUUCAGGUGUCAUGGGUGGAUCUCACUAUACUCAUAACGGUGGUGGCUCAAACUAUCUCUGCAUGCCUCUUGAUCCAAUCUACGAUAAGGUAAAAGCUGGCAGCCAAGUUUCUUCUUACAUUUUUGGUGUUGAAUAUGAAAUGAACGUACAUGCGUCUUUGUUUCCAAACAACCUUCAUGAUCAAGAUGCGACGUGCGCUGUUUGUGAAGCUGAGAAUCGUGCCAGCCAUCUUAUGAUACCUGCACGUAAUGUCUGUCCAUCUGGGUGGACUCUUGAGUACAGAGGUUAUCUAAUGUCUGAACACAUCGGUCAUAAACGAACACAAUUCAUUUGUGUUGAUUCUGAUCCUGAGGCUGUUCAAGGAACUCAGAGUAACUUGAACGGGGGGUUGUUGUAUGUCGUUGAGAGUCACUGCGGUUCUCUGCCAUGUUUGCCUUAUGUACAAGGCCAGGAACUGACAUGCGCUGUGUGCACCAAGUAAACUUACAGGUUUACACUAUAUUUCAAUCGUUUUUUACAAUGUUAUUCACAAUGUAACUUGAAGCAAUAAAGAAUCUGUUACAA